CAGAGCGGGAGGAGUGUGCCCGUGAGCCCCGAAGCCCUCCGAGCCGGCGGCCGGCCACCCACCCCACGACUGUAACCGCCCACGGCGGGCCGCGCCCCGCCCAGUCACGAGACCAGCAGGCUGUCCAAUCGCUUCCGGUCCUCACGCGCCGGAGCCGACUUCCGACUUCCGGCCGGCGGGGCAGCGUCCGGACGGCGCUUCGCGUGUCAUGGCGGCGGAGCUGGGCUUCGUGGAGGCGGCGCCGGCGUGGAGGCUGCGCAGCGAGCAGUUCCCCAGCAAGGUGGGCGGGCGGCCGGCGUGGCUGGGCGAGGCCGGGCUGCCCGGGCCCGCGGAGCUGGCGUGCGCGCGCUGCGGCCGCCCGCUGGCCUUCCUGCUGCAGCUGUACGCACCCUUGCCCGGCCGCACUGACGCCUUUCACCGCGGCCUGUUCCUCUUCUGCUGCCGCGCGCCGCCUUGCUGCGCGGGCCUGCGCGUUUUUAGGAAUCAGCUACCCCGAGAAAAUGACUUUUACUCACAUGAGCCACCUGCUGAGGAACCCCCGCCAGAGACCGGAGAACCCAUACGCCUCCAGCUCACGUCCGGGCCACGGCUCUGCAGGGUGUGCGGCUGCUUGGGCCCCAAGACCUGCUCCGGAUGCCACCGCGCGCACUACUGUGGCAGGGACCACCAGACACUGGACUGGAGAGCCGGGCACAGGCAGGCCUGUGGACAGGCAGAUAAUUCGGACAAUACAGUUCCAGACCACAACUUCCUUUUUCCUGAAUUUGAAAUCGUCAUAGAAACAGAAGAUGAGAUUACACCUGAAGUUUUGGAGAGGGAAGAUGAGUCGGAAGUUGCAGGGACCAUGGCUGAAGCACCAGAGGAAGAAUUGGAUUCCUUGGCAAAACACGAAUCCAUGGAAGAUAAGAUUUUCCAGAAGUUUAAAACUAAAAUAGCCCUGGAACCAGAACAGGUUCUCAGAUACGGCAGGGGGAUCGCCCCCAUCUGGAUCUCCGGUGACAGUAUCCCCCGAGAAGAGGAUAUCCCUGAUUGCCCCUGUGGUGCCAAGAGAAUAUUUGAAUUCCAGGUCAUGCCUCAGCUGCUCAACCACCUCAAGGCCGACAGGCUGGGCAGGAGCGUGGACUGGGGCGUCCUGGCCGUCUUCACCUGUGCGGAGAGCUGCAGCCUGGGCGCGGGCUACACGGAGGAGUUUGUGUGGAGGCAAGACGUGACAGCAGCACCGGGAAACCACGUUGCCCAGCCUUCAGAAUGCACGUGACCUCUCGACCUCUCAGACCCUGCACGUCUACUUCCUUAGGACCGCGUCCCAAGGGCAUGUCGUGAGACAGACGAAAAGAUGUUCUAGGGAUUGUUGACUGUGUCUCAACAUUAGUGACAUGAAAACGUCCAGUGACGGGGCGACCUGAAGUUUUGGUGGGUCAGCCCAGGGGGUGCCGUGCGGUUUCGCUGAUGCAGACCUGUGUGCACAGCACAUGAGGCGCAGGUCACACGGGCACCUCGAACUGAGGUGCUGGUACAGAUGGCGUUCCUGGUAGGGCUUUUAGAAAAUGUUUAAGAAAAUGCUUGUGUGUGUGUGUGCGUGUGCGCGCACGCGCAUGGAAGUAAAUCUGGAAAGGUGCACACUAGGUGUGAAGGUUACCAGAAUGGUGUACUAUGUGAAAUGAAGUGUUUACUUGUAUUUUUCUUCAAUAAAAGUGGGUUAUAUGCCUAA